AUGUUUGAUCUCACACUGUUUAUCGUGGAGGGAGAGUUACAUCCAAACAGCGGCUGCAUCGCGCUUGUUUGGAUCGGCAGUUGUUUUAUCAGAUGUGAUAAGGCCGGGAGCGGAGAAAUGCGAUUCCGCGAGAGGAUUUGCGUGCCGAUUGUAGAGAGGGAGCGAAGAGAGUGCACGGGCUGCCGGGACGGACAGGGAGGACAGAGCGAAGGCGACCGAUGUCGUCAUAGCGUUGGCUGUCGGCCAACACGUGGGAGAGCUCGCUCCGCCCAGAACCGGCUGUCAGUUGAACAGCACGGUGCCAAGUUCGGUUCACGCCGUGUAACUCCGAGAAAUUCGACCAAGUCCAGUCGCUCGACGCUAUCAAUUGUAUUGUGA